CGCGAAUUUGUUCGUAAUAACGUUUGUUCCCUGGUGUGAUUCUUUAACCCAGGUACCUACCUACUUAUUUACUUGUAACGAAGAUUUAGGCGUAUCGUUCAUGCAGGAUUUUCAUCGAUUCUUUGUACAUAGAUGAUUACCCCGGGCAAGAUGACUCCUAAACAAACACACUGCAAAAAUGAAACCGUCCAGAGUCACGAAGAUCGUUUCGUAUACCAUUACAAUGUACCAAGCUUGCAAGAAAUAGCUUCAUACCGAGUCGCUGGGACAAUACUAGAAAGCUAUUUUUCGAAACACCUCGACCACCUCGUACUUGAAGAAAAAAAACCAAAACAAGUUGAUCCUUCCUUCAGCAUCUUCAGCUUCAAUUUUCAUUACGAGAAACACGCCGAAGAAUUGGUAGGAUACUUGAGAACUCCUCGGUGUAUUGACCACAUGUUGAAAACUUGCCUAAAAAAGCUCGGUGAAGAGUUGCAGGAUUGGGCGUUGCAAUUUCAGUCUUUGAUGUUUCCUCCUGGUAUACCACUCAGACGUAAAUAUCAAAUCCUUGGUAUCAAUCCGAACUGGUGUGUUUGGUCAAUGAAUGGUGAAAUCGAUCAUCGAAAAACCGUCCAAAAAGUAUUGAAUACCAGUAGAUUGACUGAAAUGCAGAAAUUUCUUGUCAUGUGUGAAUACUUCAUGGAAGAUGAGAUCAAGAAAGUUUCUUUGGAUUCGUUAUCGUUGGAAUUUAUUUCAGAAGCGGAUUUUAAUACGGAUCCAAUCCGUUCACGUUGGAUUUGUUAUCUUAAAAAUGACCUGAGUAAAAUCUCAGAUGAAAGCUAUGCUUCACUGAAACUCGCCAUUGCCAUGAAAUUCAAAUACAAUAUCACCUUCGCCAACGAAUAUUUCUGGAAUCAGUUAAAUGACGAUGAAGAUCAAGUUAGAAUCGCCGGUAAUUGGAUUUCUUGGUGUCUUUUACGAAAUGGAAGUGAACGUAACUGCGUUAUUUUGGAAAAAAUAAUUUCCGCGAUGUCUUCCAAACAACAAAAUGAUUUAUUGUUCCAAAAGGCUGAAACCAUCGUCGUAUUUUUCUCGAUAUACCCCACUUCGUCUCAAUGUGCUUUUUGGGCAUGGAGAAAGUCUCGAGAUGAAAUGACUUUGGAACAAUUCGCUAAAAUCGUAAGUGAUCUGUUGCAGGAAAAUGAAAAUGCAAUUAAUUCAUUGAAUAAAAUAUGGGAUACAGCCUAUGAUCAUCAAAGAAACUUUGUCGUUCGGACCAAAUCUGACGAAUUCGUUGAAAAAUUCUUUUUAGCGAGUUACAAUUUGCCUAUGGUAUCAGAAUUCUUGUACAAAUUUUUUCAAACUAUGCCCUUGUCUGAUAGAAAAAAAUUGAUUUUCGGUAAACCCCACAUUAAUAUCUACUGGUGCGAUCCUCGUUCCUUGAAUAUGUUACUCAACGUAUGCUUACCAAACUCCGAUGAUAGAUCAGAGUUCAAAAAAUUAAUCAUGGAAUCUCCAACGAUGAGAACACAUUGUCGGAUUCUAUUUCUGGAACAGGAAUUUGAAAAAUUGAACCAAAUUUUGGAAAUAUUUUCGCUCGAUGAUUUUGCAGCUCGAAAGUUCAAACAAGAGCUGCUGAAAGAGGAAUGGACUCGGUAUAAUUAUUUGUCUAUGAAGGUUCUAAUCAAUCAUUGGGAUAAUUUGAGUAAAUUUAUAGACCAAGCUUUUGAAAAUGAUUUAUCUUCGGCAACGAAGAUGAAACAAAUAUUUAUAUCGAAUUUCGCUGCCAAUAUUAAACACGAGUAUUAUUCGGAUGUUCGUGAUGGUUUUGAUGAUGUGGUGAAAAUCGUGGAAAUGGUGUUCAAAAAUGGCGAUGAAUUGAAUGAUGUGAAACGCCAGUUUUCUCGUUCUUUUCUCGAAUUAUUAGUACUGUGGAGGGGGUCUAAAUUGAAGUAUCGAUUCGAUCAUGAUGUAAAGUUUGCUCAAAAGUUGAAAAAAUGGUGUUUUGUUGAUGGUGACGAAGAGUCAAUUUUGAGAUUUGAUGAAUUGAUGUCGCAAUAUGUUGCAAAAGUUGGUAAACCUGUUCGGAAUUCCUCUCGACGAGUUGAAGAUGAUCAUAAGUUGAAUUUGUUCAGUUUGAGUUCUUUUUUUCGAAAUAUUUUUUCAAAAAUGGGUAUUUAACUGAACGCUUGGUGAGUCUAAAAAAAGUAGACAACUGAGAAGGUAAACUAAUGAGUCAAAAAAGGUGGGCUUUUUUUAUGUCUCGUCUGGCCCUAUUUUUUCCUAAUGUGAUUCAAUUUAAUUUGCUAAAAUAAAUAUUUAUGUAAUUUCCUAGAUGAAUGAUUAGAAAGUUGUACGAUGUUCCUGUUUGUGUUUUUUGAAUUAAUAUGAAGCUGAUAAUUUAAUUUUAUACCCUACAUAAUGUUUUGUUUAGCUCGUGUAUUGAUAGUAAUAAAAAAUUUAUUAACGACAGAUCCAGAUUAGUUUUCUUUAUAUCCACCAUAUGAAUACAAUAGGUACCAAUAUAAUUGAAAAUGAAGGG